CUAAGGUGACCGAGCGAGCUUGUGAUUAGCUCAUCCACAUGUCAAUCAUUGUUUAGCACCGCCCCCCCAGCUGACUCCCGUCGAGUGACGAAAGCACGAACGCAGGUGCACAGGCUGGGAACUGCAUCCAACCACACCAAAUAAACCUCCUCUUACGAUGGCCUCAGCAAAUGAUGCUCGAUAUGGACAAAAAGAGUCUACGGAUCAGAAUUUUGAUUACAUGUUUAAGAUCCUGAUCAUUGGUAACAGCAGUGUCGGAAAAACCAGUUUCCUGUUCCGCUAUGCUGAUGACUCCUUCACACCUGCUUUCGUCAGCACUGUUGGCAUUGACUUCAAAGUGAAGACCAUCUAUCGGAAUGACAAGAGGAUAAAGCUCCAAAUAUGGGACACUGCUGGGCAGGAGAGGUACAGGACCAUCACCACUGCAUACUAUCGUGGAGCUAUGGGCUUCAUUCUUAUGUAUGACAUCACCAAUGGGGAUUCCUUUAAUGCCGUUCAGGACUGGUCCACACAGAUUAAGACAUAUUCAUGGGACAAUGCUCAAGUGCUGCUGGUGGGAAAUAAGUGUGACAUGGAAGACGAGAGAGUGGUUGCUUCAGAAAGAGGAAGACAGCUGUCUGAACAGUUAGGCUUUGAGUUUUUUGAGGCCAGUGCCAAGGACAACAUCAACGUGAAGCAGACAUUUGAGCGUCUCGUGGACAUAAUCUGUGAGAGGAUGUCCGAGAACCUGGAGUCGGCAGAUCCGUCCAUCGUUGGAAACAAGCAGGGCCCUCAGCUUAAUGAGCAGCCACAGCGCUCCACCAAGGACUGCGCUUGCUAAGGGUCGCUUUCAACCUGUCAACCAUUCCCCUGCAGAUCGAACAAUGGACCGCUCAAUGAAGGAAGGCUUCGGUAAGAGAAGAGCUGAUGGGAUGCGGCUGAGAGCCUGCCAUCUCUCUGUCACUUUUGUGAGGUUGACAUCAGCGCAUUUGUGUUUUUCUGAUUACGUUGGUAUUAGUAGCCAAUGCUCCUCUCAUCUCAUAAUAAUUUAACAGCAUCUUUAUAGUACUUUUUGACUACAUUUCUGAAAAAUUAUAAGUAUAUUUUGUGUCAAAUGAAUUCCAACGUGAAAUUUUCAUGACCAUUUUUUAUGUAUGUUUUGGGUUUCAUCAAAGUCAAAUUCACACAAAUAUUCUUAAUACAUUGCCAAGAGAUAUUUUAUUCUUUUCUAAACCGACCAAUAUACAGUGGACCAGACUCUUGUGUGGAAACUAUCAGCAUAAAGGCUUAUCCCAAGAUAGAUAGUUUGAAUGAAUCCUAAGCUUGACUGUUUCAUAAAGUACUGUUUCACUCUUUUAUUUAUUUAUUUAUUUUGUUAAAGAGUGAAAACUGAAUGAAAACACUCAUUUGCUCCCUAUUACUUUUAAAUAACAGCAGGUGUAUUUUGUAAAACAUAUUAUAUAAGUAAAAAUGGUAUAUGUUUAAUAAUAGAUGUAAUUAGGAAGAAAUAACUAUGAUGUGCUUAAUUGCUUCUUGUUUUUGUAAUAUGAAGGAAUUAAUGAAUUUAAGUGGUUUUUCAGUUACAUGUGCUGCUUUUACUCCGGUUCCUCCAAAUGGUGGACUCCUAAUUUUCCCACGUGUGAGUGUCUGUGUGCAUGUUAGUAUGUCAUCCUAGUAUAUAUAUUUAGUUUCUACAGGCUGAAAACACAAUAAAAGCUUUAAUAAAGAGAAACUUGUUCAAAUAAAAGCAGCUAGUGUGUUUCUGGACAAGUUUGUAUUUUAAAAAAAGACAGUAAUAUUAAAACAAAAAGGCAUUGGAAACACUUUAAAUACUGCAAAGAUAUUAAUUUGUUACCUGGUUGAAUAUGCACCAUUAAUUGAUCACGUGCGUCAGUUAAAUCACUAGAUUGUUAUUAAAUAUGUUCAUUUAUUGCUUUAUUUAUUGCUUAUUUAUUUACAUGCGUUUUAUUGGUGUAUGUGUUCUGCGUUAGAUCAAGACGACUACUGCUAUUCUUAUAGAACAGGCAUGGAUCCCUGAAAUGUCUCACUUUUAUCAUUCAGUUUUAAACACAAAAGAGGAUGAAUGUUUGAAAACCUUGUGUCUGUAGAACUACCAUGUGCUUAUUUUCCCUAUGCAAUUUAGAAGCUUUGUUAUACCAAAUAGUCACUGAAUAUGCAGGGACGCUGUGUUUGUAAGGUGCGUAAUUUAUACCCUCCAUUUAUAAACUGUUUACAGUCCGUCCUAAACAAAUGGCAAACCACUGGGAUUUACUUUUUUUAUACAGCGAAAUUUGACACACUAUUAUGCUUUAUAUGUAGAGUAAUCACUGUUAAAGUACUAGUCAUAUUAGUUUGAAAAGCAGAAGUUUUGGUUUUGAUACUCUUUUUGUAGUUUGGCAGUUUGAGUUUUGUUCGUUUGUUUUGUAAAUUGUACAAUAGUUAUCCAAUUCCCACACUAUGACAUGUCUUUUUAUUUCAAGAAAAUAAAACAUUAGUGAUGUACAUCAUAUAAUGCUGUUUUUCACCCUGGGAGAGAAUGGGUAGAAUAAAUCACUGUAUUAGCAACUGGUAUAAGCAGGACACUCAAAUGUUAUGAGUUUUAUUCUGAAUGAAAUGGCCACAUGCAUCUGUUUGAGUUAAAUAAAAAGCUGUGUUUGAAA